AAUUGCGCGAGUAACUAUGACCUAUUAAAUAGGAGCGUCUUAGCGAAACGACUGAACUGGGCAAUGGCGGCACUGCUCUGCCUAGUCGCGUUAGUAUGCCUUUGUCCAAGCAUUUCUGCGUACAUAGUUGGUGGAGCCGUGAUGCCUCAUGGCGCCCUUACGCUUGAUCCUCGAAACUUUAACGGCUCGGACAAUGCCACAGAAUCAGCGAACUCCUUGCACUAUUCGGCCCUGGCAACUGGGCGUUUUGUACAAAGCCUAGAGGCUGAUAUUAUACUCCUACUAACACCGCACGGUCUGGCCUUGCCAGAGCCUUUCGUGCUUUACAACAACCCUUCUGCUGCGGGCAAUGUGGACCUCAACUCCUGGCUGCCCUGCACCUUCGCGCCCUGCACCUACAACGCCAGCGUGCAGCUCGACACGCACCUCACGAAGCGCCUAGCGGCCGCGCUAGUCGCCUCAGGCAACAACGUCACCACGCUAUCCGGCUUCGGCCCGCCGGGCGAGGGCUCCCUGCCCAUGCCGCUUGCGUGGGGUGAAGUCAUCCCGCUCUACUUCAUCCAGCGGGCCUACAACGACCCAGAUCGCGAGGCGCAGCCAGGAAUGCAGCGAACCCAGAAGCCCCUACAUUCCCAGCAAGAGGGUCCCCAGCAGCAGCCGCAGCGGCGGCGGCGGCUUGGCCGUAGGCUUGCAGCGCAAGCCCAGUCGCAGCCAGGUAGCAGCAGCAACAGCGGCAUCCGCCUUUCGGAAGUGCAACACCCCGCCACCACCGCCUCCGACAGCACCGCACUGCCCAACUUCCUGCUCCUCAGUAUGCCCUCCCGCCGCUACCAGCACAGCGUCAGCAUGGUUCCGGAGCUCCUAGCCCUGGGUAAAGCCCUGUUCGCGUACCUGGACUCCCUUGACGCGCGCAUUGCGGUGCUGGUGAGCGGCGACCUGGCUCACACCUGGGACUCCGCGGGGCCGUACGGAUUCAGCGAGCAGGCGGCACAAUUUGAUGCCGCCGUACUGCAAUGGGCGCGAGAUCUGGAUCGUGAUGCGCUGCUCAAGGCGGCUGCGAAGAGUGUGGGGGAGGCCAAGUCGUGUGGUUUCCCGGGCAUGGUGGUGCUGCAGGGCAUCUUGGAUCAGGUGAAGCCGGAUAACAUGCACAGUGUGCUGCUGGAGUACGGGCAUCCGUCGUACUACGGGAUGAUGUGUGCGGUGUUUGAUUUCCAGGGGGAUGCGUGAUGGGUGAUGGGUGGGGGUAAAAGCAGCAGAAAGUGGCAG